CAUUUAGAGAGCACUGAGGGGGGCAUCAGAUAACGCUGAUUGCAUGACAUAUGACGACGCAAAAACACACAAACACGACUUGAUGUUCGUCCACACAUUAAAACCACUCAUGUCAUCAAAUUAAUAACAAUGCUAAUAAAUGCAAGUGAAACCCCCAGAUGCGCCUCAGUCAUCAUCAGCGCACUGCUCUCCUCCUCCAGCGCUGCUGCUGCUGCUGCUGCUGUCAAACUGAAUCACAUCCACCGCCGCAGCACGCUCGCUGCUCACAUCCACACACGCAGCUCGGCUUCUCUGUGUUCUACCGUCUGCUCUCAUCUCCAUGGCCACAUCGGAUGGAUCAGAAGAUUGCGUUGUGCAGCGAGGGAGAUCUCACAGUGACCCGAGCAUCCUCACCGACACUCGUGUCGUUUAUACGAACAGCACAGAUGUGAUGGACCAGCACAGAGCGCUUCACUCCGGUUGUCUGGUGUCAGGGGUCAGAACUCCCCCCAUCCGCCGCAACAGCAAACUGGCCAGCCUGGGACGCAUCUUCAAGCCCUGGAAGUGGAGGAAAAAGAAAAAUGAAAAACUGAGACAGGGCUCUACAGGGCUGGAGAGGAAAGUGCCCAGCAGGCAGAAUCGUGACGAUCUUGUCAGGAAGGGCCUGGCAGAGGCUGGCAUGGAGUCUGGCCUGGCGUGUGGCGUGAGUCCAGACGAGGCAGGAGCCCCAGCGCUGGACGAGUCUGACGGAGAGGAGCGCGAGGACGAGCCCAUGGCUCCGCUGGCCAGCAACACCGAGGAUCUCGGGUCUGAUGAGGACAAUCUGUCUGCAGCGCGAGACGCCACAGAGAUGAUAGACACAGAAGGGGAACUUGAACAAAGUGAGGAUGAGGAGCAGUCCUGUGUUAAUGCCUCAAACAGAGGGGCCAGUGUGGGGCCCCCUGAGGCCCCUGAGUGCCAUGAGCAGAAAAAAGAAAAGGCGCCACUCAGAGAAGUCCACACUCCUCCAGCCAAACCUCCUGUGAAGCUACUUACUAGACUGGGCAGCCUCGACAGUACCCACUCUAAUCAGAGCAGGCCCGCUCCUGCCACGCUGCCCAGGAACUUCACCCUGCCCAAAGAUGCCCUGCGGGGCAGGAUCUCCACCCCCACCGGCUCCCCUCACUUAGGUCUGAUGCCCCCUAGCUGCAUCAUCGAGGAACUGCACCGUGCGCUGGCCGCCAAACACCGGCAGGACAGUUUCCAUGGUAAGGAGAUCCGUAGCUCACCCAGACGGCGCUCGGAUGGACGGCUGUCCCGCACCGCCAGCACUGAGAAUGAGCCGAGCGAAGAGGUGCAGAACAAACAAGAGGCCGAAGAGAACAAGGAGAACAUGCGUCUGGAUGAAUACUACAGCGACCAGGACAGCUGGAACGAGUCCGUCAUCUCUGCUACUUAA